CUUCUCCUUAAACAAACCUGCCCUUUUGGUCGUGGGAAAGGGAGCAAAUAAGGACCAAAUGGGAAGUUCAUCUCCUGGUAAGUGUGAAAGAAAGAAACAUAGCAACUCGUAUGAGAGAAAAGAGCCCCCAGGUUCCUGUUAUAACUAUCGACUGCAUUCCAGAUCCUGCUACCACCUGGCAGCUCAGCAAGAAGAGCAGCUCCUCGCAUAGCCCAGGCAAGCCCGCUAGAAGGGAGUCUUCCUUGGCCAAGAGUAGAAAUCUGUUUCUAAGGGAAAGCUACAACCCCCCAGGAUUCAGACCCUCAGCCCUGGGAGCACCUCUGCGCAAAACGAGCUGUCUGAUGACUUCUCCCUGCAAGCAGAGCUGUGGCUCUCGAAAGAACCAGAGGUGCAUUUCUCCAGGGCCUGGUCUAAGGACAGGCAGCUUUCAUCACAGAGAACUACUAGGGCAGCAAAAGACUGAAGCAAACCCACUGCUCUCUCUUCCCUCAUCCGGGCACUUACGGAAAGCCAGAUUGAUGUCCCUCAAUCCUGUGAGAGCCAAAGCCCCCGAUCCUGCCUUCUGUGGACUCGUCGUAGCAGAGAGGCUCUGGACCAGGCCAGCAGCACUUCCUGACAAGCCCGUCUCUCCCCACACUUUGGACCCUGCGGGAAUCCUUCACUACCCUUCGCUCUGCUCCCUGCGGGAAGAAGAAGAAGAUGAGGGCUGUGAGCUGCAGGAGCCUAGGGACUGCAGAGUGAGAAAGCACCAUCUGGACGGCAAUUUGAUUUCCUAGGGCUGGGCAGCAGGGAGAACCUGGCCCACCUUGCUGGAUAUCAUGGUAUAAUUGUUUCCUCUCCAGUAUCAACGACAGUGGCUGAGUCGCCGUUUGGCCCUCUCCAGACCCCUACCCCAAUAUGAUGCUUAUGAUAGUAUCCCAAAUACAGAUCGUUGGCUCACAGCAAAUUUUCCUCCUUUCAUCCUGCUGACGUUGCUAAGCGAGAUAGACAGAGGCACCCUGCUCCACAGGUCAGGGCUGCUCCCUUCGGUAGCUAGGAACCUAGACAAAUGGCCCUUAGCCCCUCCAGGAGCAAUGGGGGCUCCUUACAUACUCCCUCUGCUCAGACUGAAGCCUAUAAGACAGGUCAGCCACCACCUACCCAUCCUGUAGACGUCACCACUGCUGACAGUUUAUUACACAGUCAUAGUGGGGCUGAGCACUUACCCUCAUUAGAGCAAAACCUUGUCCGUUCCUCUGGGAUGGGAGGAGCCUUUGUGGAGCAGACAAAGAGAGGAACUCUGCACCCCUUUGCAGAGCUUCAUGCCAGUUGCACAUAGCUCUGGGUGUUGUGGCUGGGACUGGGAUUAUGCCUCACUGCUGGCCACACAUUUCAGAGAGGGAGUGUGGGGACUCCAGGAGACCUGGCUCUGCCACUGGCCUGCUGGAUGACCUGGGGCAGUCACUACCCCGCUCUGUGCCUCAGUUUCCCCAUCUGUAAAAUGGCAACAACGAGUCCCUUGGCUCUUUUUAUGAAGCCCUUUGAAUGCUCCGGAGGAAAAGGGCUACAUAAGUGCGAGGUAGUACUAGGAAGCUAGCGGGCAAGGAUGGGCUGCAGAGUUGCCUGACACCCGCUCCAACGGUUUGGGUGUUGAUUCCCUUCCCACAGCUGCUCUGGCAUGCUCUGCCCCAAGCCCAUUUAGUCAGGCUGCGUGGGGAGAAAAGAGGGAAUUUCACCCAGGUUGAAUGAGCAAUUGGGUGAGUGAUCAUACUAUCCUGGGUCUUCGAUUUAACAAAGCACUGGACUCUGCCACCGUGCCAUGUGACUGCUACUGUGGUCCUUUGCAUUGAGACGAAGUCGCUCUUCAGUAGCUAGUUUCAUUUUAGUCCUAGAAGGUGCUGCUGUGAAAGUGUAAUUGUGAUAGUAUAUGGAUCACUGUCAGGCAGUGACCUCCCAUCUGAUGGCUGUAUUCGUGACCUCUGAGAAAGGCAUGCCAUGGAGUUGUGUUGCUGUGAACCUAUGAAUAGUUUAAUCGUCUGCUCCUUUCAAAAUGUCUGGCUGUACCACUAGAAAAGGGAAGGGGCUGGUAUUUAACUAGCUGUGAGUGAUCCAGGCAUCCGAGUGGAGCUGUUUUUUGAAGACCAAAGUCUUCUGGGCGCUGCACCACGCUUCUAAUAAAUCGAUUUUAGUCGUCUG